GCAGAGAAGAGACAGGUAGCAUGGCUCCUGGAGAAAAAGAAAGGGAGGCAGGGCCAGCCAAGAGUGCCCUCCGGAAGAUACGCACAGCAACCCUGGUCAUCAACUUGGCCCGAGGUUGGCAGCAGUGGGCAAAUGAGAACAGCACCAGGCAGGCCCAGGAGCCCGCAGGCUGGCUGCCGGGAGCAACCCAGGACCCAGCCCACACUCCUAAACCAGUGAUACACUCCACUUCCUACCAGCAUGUGCCCAAACCUCCAUCUCCAAAGCUAAAGGGACAUGGAAAUGGACAAAGCUCAGAAGAAGCCACCGAGGUCUCCUGUAUCAAAAGGAAAGAAGUGACCAGAACAGUUGUCAGCAAGGCUUAUGAGAGAGGAGGAGAUGUGAACUCCCUGAGCCACAGGUAUGAGAAUGAUGGGGGCUUGUCUGAACCUGUUCAGCCAGAGAAUGGCAUUGACAGAAUCCUCCUCAGCCAUGACUCCCCAACGCGGAGAAGAAAAUGCACCAACUUGGUGUCAGAGCUGACAAAAGGCUGGAAAGUGAUAGAACAGGAGGAUCCAAAGUGGAAGAGCGACAGCGUAGACACAGAAGACAGCGGCUACGGGGAAACGGAGGAGAGGCCUGAGCAGGAUGCAGUGCUGGUGGCUGCUACCCGGAUCAAACGCCCCUUGCCCUCCCAGGCAAACAGAUACACAGAAACACUGAACUGUAAGGCCCAUCGGAGGUACAGCCAGGUGGACAACUUGAAAGGGAAAUGGCAACAAUGGGCUGAUGAACACAUACAGUCACAGAAGCUCAAUCCCUUCAGUGAAGAGUUUGACUAUGACCUGGCCAUGUCCACUCGGCUACAGAAGGGAGAUGAAGGCUAUGGACGUCCCAAGGAGGGAAGCAAGACAGCUGAAAGGGCCAAGCGAGCGGAAGAGCACAUCCACAGAGAAAUUAUGGAGCUGUGCUUUGUUAUCCGCACGAUGGCUCGCCACAGACGAGAUGGCAAGAUCCAGGUAACUUUUGGAGAACUCUUUGACAGAUAUGUUCGUAUUUCAGAUAAAGUAGUGGGCAUUCUCAUGCGUGCCAGGAAACACGGACUGGUGUACUUUGAAGGAGAGAUGUUAUGGCAGGGCCGAGACGAUCAUGUUGUGAUUACCCUACUGGAGUGAGCCUGCAACAAAUCAAAUUGACUGCUACUGUCCUACUGUCAAAUGCUAAUGUAUUAAAAUGAAAAUGCAAGUUGUUCUGUAAUGUUAAUAAAGACUAAAUAAUUUUUAUAUAAAUGA